AUGGCCCAUUCCAGUGAGAGCAGAGGAGACUUGGACAUGAUGGUGGCUCUGGUCUGCAUCAGAGGGUUAAAGGACCACACCUGCACACAACACACUGUCACCUCCUCCACUGUCUCCUCCUCCUCAUCUGUCUCCUCUUCCACUGUCACCUCCUCCACUGUCACCUCCUCCUCAUCUGUCUCCUCUUCCACUGUCACCUCAUCAUCUCCUCCUCCUCCUGUCACCUCCUCCUCUGUCACCUUCUCAUCAGUCUCCUCCUCCUCCUGUCACCUCCUCCUCUGUCACCUUCUCAUCAGUCUCCUCCUCCUUCCUCUCACCUCCUCCACUGUCACAUCCUCGUCUGUCACCUCCUCCUCUGUCACCUCAUCAGUCUCCUCCUUCCUCUGUCACCUCCUCCACUGUCUCGUCCUCCUUCCUCUGUCACCUCCUCCUCUGUCACCUCCUCAUCAGUCUCCUCCUCCUUCCUCUGUCACCUACUCCUUUGUCACCUCCUCCUCCGUCACCUCCUCCUCCUCUGUCACCUCCUCUAAAGUCUCCUCCUCCACUGUCACCUCCUCCACUGUCACCACAUCAUUUCCUCCUCCUGUCACCUCCUCCUCUGUCACCUCCCUCUCUGUCACCUCCUCCUCUGUCACCUUAUCUGUCACCACCUCCUCUGUCACCUCCCCCUUCUCUGUCACCUCCUCAUCUGUCACCUUCUCCUCUGUCACCUCCUCCUCUGUCACCUCCUCCUCUGUCACCUCCUCCUCUGUCACCUCCUCCUCUGUCACCUUCUCCUCUGUCACCUCCUCCUCUGUCACCUCCUCCUCUGUCACUUCCUACUCUGUCACCUCCUCCUCUGUCACCUCCUCAUCCGUCACCUCCUCAUCUGUCACCACCUCAUCUGUCACCUCCUCGUCCUCUGUCACCUCCUCUUCCUCUGUCACCACCUCAUCUGUCACCUCCUCACCUCCUCUUCCUCUGUCACCUCCUCAUCUGUCUCCUCCUCUUUAA